UCUCGCCCAUCAUGUCUGGAAGAGGCAAAGGCGGAAAGGGACUCGGAAAAGGAGGCGCGAAGCGUCAUCGUAAAGUGUUGCGUGAUAACAUCCAGGGCAUCACCAAACCCGCCAUCCGUCGUCUUGCUCGACGCGGCGGAGUGAAACGUAUCUCCGGUCUGAUCUACGAGGAGACUCGCGGUGUGUUGAAGGUGUUUCUGGAGAACGUCAUCCGUGACGCCGUCACCUACACCGAGCACGCCAAGAGAAAGACCGUCACCGCCAUGGACGUCGUGUACGCGCUGAAACGACAGGGACGCACUCUGUACGGCUUCGGAGGUUAAACGCGUUUAUUCUGAAGUAAAACAUUGAACACAACGGCUCUUUUAAGAGCCACACACUGUCUCACUCGAGGAGUUUAAUUUCAGAAGUUCUAUCAUCAAACGAAAUGCUGAGAAAGUCACAUUUUAUUAUUCCGGUUUUGUUUCUGAGAUCUCGUUCUUUAUUAACUGAUGAGAUUAAUCUGUUGUGUUAAACGCUUCUCUCGCUCGAAGAAGAAACUCCAUCAUAUCAACUAUAUAAACGUAAACACGCCCAAAGCUGGUGAAUAAAGCAUAAAAGGGUGAAAUGAUUUUCUGCUCGAACUCUUUAAGUGACUUUAAUGACACGAUGACGUAAUUCUGUUCUAGUGUAGAGUAAAUACAGAAAUAAAAGUUUUAUUUUAAUUCAAAUUCGAUAAAGAGCGGGAAGAGCAAACAAAGGAAACUGAAUCCUUGUGGGAGGGUCACCUUCAAACACGAGACUGUGGCGGGAAACGCUUUCAUUGGCUCUCUAUCCAGCCCGUCAAACUAUGAGCUGACCAAUAAGCACAUUUUAUGGGUUCGGCCGACGAAGACACGCAAUCAGACAACAGGCUCCGUUACGCUAAACAUUUGCAUGUGAGAGUGAAUAAAUACCACA